UUCCCUUCGGUCUCCCGUGCGGCGGCCAUUUUAUCGAAGGCCGGAGCCAUUUGUUUCCCACGUAACUUUGUCCUCAGAAACAUGUCUGCCAUCUGAAGACCAUUUUAUAAACACAAAUUUUAUCUCUAGUGUUUGGUACUGUGCAUGUUGCGUUAAAUCCCCCCGCCUGUACUGAGUGACGCAGAGGCCCGGGAGGUGGAGAGUUGUGGCGGCCGGUAGGCAGCAGAGGUGAGGCCGCGGUUUCCAGUUAUCUGUGGACGAUACACUAUAUCAUUAAGGAUGCCUUCAAUAAAGCUGCAGAGUUCCGAUGGUGAGAUUUUUGAAGUAGAUGUUGAAAUUGCUAAACAGUCUGUGACCAUCAAAACCAUGUUGGAAGACUUGGGCAUGGACGAUGAAGGAGACGAUGACCCAGUCCCACUUCCAAAUGUCAAUGCAGCCAUUCUGAAAAAGGUGAUCCAGUGGUGUACCCAUCACAAAGACGAUCCGCCCCCACCUGAGGAUGAUGAGAAUAAGGAGAAGAGGACAGAUGACAUCCCAGUGUGGGACCAAGAGUUUCUUAAAGUGGACCAGGGAACUCUGUUUGAACUUAUAUUGGCUGCUAAUUAUUUGGAUAUCAAAGGAUUGCUUGAUGUUACCUGCAAGACCGUGGCAAACAUGAUUAAAGGCAAAACCCCAGAAGAAAUUCGGAAGACCUUCAAUAUAAAAAAUGACUUUACUGAAGAGGAAGAGGCACAGGUACGCAAAGAGAAUCAGUGGUGUGAAGAGAAGUGAGAGCCUGUGCCUCUUGUCACUAUAACACUGUAAGAAUUGUUCCAAAUAGUUGCACUGCUCUGUUUAUAAUAGACAAUUCAGCAGCUUAUCAUAUUAGCAGCAGGGCGUUUUUGCUGCAUGUUGUGUCCUAUAUAUAUAUUUUUUUUCUUUUGAGUAAUGAUUCAACUUCCCAAUUGUUUUACCAUUGUAACCUUGUGUGACUUUUACUAUAAAACUAUAAUAAAUCUGUGACCUGUGUGCUUUUGAAGACAGAAGAUAAGCAUCCAAGUUGUCUUUUCCAAACCAGUCUCCUUACUGUGUGAACUGGGUUACGAAUCACGCGUUUGUUAGCAUGAUGCAGGUGAACACGUAACUGCUGCAGCUGCAUAUCUCUCCCAAGCACGAUGUCGUAACGCAGAAAGCAAAACAGACGCCUGUACAGAGCAAAGUCUUGUUCAGAUGUUUGGGUGCGGCUCCUUACUAGACGGCCAGGGACGUUACAGGGAGGUCACGUCCACGGUGCCGUUUGAUCUUCAGUCUAAAUGCUGUAGUUUACUGCAUCAUCUAGGAGACGCAGUUUAACUUUUUGAGGCAGGUUCUCUAAUUUAGCAUACCUUGUAAAUUUGUAUUUAUUUUUUCUUUUAUGGGGGAGAAACUAAUAGGACUAGGAUGGCAGAGCUAAGAACAUCUUUCAUCUUCCCUUUCUUUUCUUUUCUCCUUCCUCUGUAAUGGUAACAGCGACCGGUCAUGUUAAGUAAGGUAUUACAUUUCAUCAAGUAAAUUUCCGUACAUGUAAAAUGUAGAUCCUUCCCAGAGCUUAGGGCUGGCAUAAGAGAAAGUGGUGGCGGUUCCCCUGGACAGCGUCAUCCUGUCCUGCUACUGUUUUAUUUCCUCUGUGAAUGAGCAUCUCUGCAUGCGAUCAGACUGUUCUAUUCACCUGUCACAUAUUAAAGCGUUGUUCCGUCCUAGCUUCUAUAGCCGCUUCCUUCAUGGUGUUGUGUUCCGUGUUCAUUAUAGUUUUUAAUCUGUAUGGAAGAGCAGGUUUUAACUUUCCUAAUAAACUGACUUUAAAAGA